AUGGAGCUCCUGACAAUGAAGAGAAAAAGGGACUCGUCAGACACCUCGAUGACGUUCCUUGCAAAUGUUGGUGAGUCGAUAGGAUCUCAAUUUGAGGUGUUCUUGAAUUUUAGAGGCCCCGACACUCGCCUUGGUUUCACCGACUGCCUCUAUCACUCCCUUGACGGAGCCGGGAUUCGUGUCUUUAGAGACAACGAGGAGAUUCGAAAGGGCGAAGUAAUUGGAGGUGAACUUCUAAACGCAAUUGAAACCUCCAAGAUUUAUGUGCCCAUUUUCUCUAGAGGCUAUGCAUCCAGUGCAUGGUGUCUCCGCGAACUCGCAAGCAUUGUAAAGUGCCGGAGGGAAUCUAGUGGCAAAGUGAUUUUGCCCAUUUUUUAUGAUGUGGAACCUUCUGAUGUCAAGCUUCAAACUGAACUCUACAUUGACGCCCUAAAAAGGCACGAAGCCAGUUUUGGCUACGACGAAGUGAGACGGUGGAAGGAGGCUCUAGCAGAGGUCGCUAAUAUUAAUGGUUGGGACUUGAAAGAUAGCGGUCAAGGUGAACUCAUAAAGCAUAUUACUAGUGAGGUUUCAAGCAAGCUACUGGGAAGAGCUCGAGUAAUGCCCAAUCAUCUGGUGGGAAUUGACAAUCAUGUGGAAGCCAUGAUGGACUUGUUAGGUGAAGACUCUCUGGAUGUGCGCUUUCUAUCUAAUAUCCGAGAGUUUUCACAACACGGUAAGAUGGCAAAGUUGCAAAAACGAUUAUUGUCUGAUAUUCUCAAGUCUAAAGUUGUGAAAAUUAAUGAUACCGACACCGGGAUCAACAUGAUUAGAGAAAAAUUCUGCUGCAGAAAAGUUUUGGUUGUUCUUGACAACGUGGAUAAGAUAGACCAACUUGUGAAAUUAGCUGAAAAGCGAGAGUGGUUCGGGCCGGGAAGUAGAAUCAUAGUGACGACUAGGGACAUCAGUUUUCUCCAAAAAAAUCCUCAAGAGUUUCAACUCUAUGAAAUGGAGGAAAUGCCUUUUCAUUAUGCUAUUCAGCUAUUCAGUAAGCAUGCGUUCCAAAGAGAUGCUCCUCCACGUGACUAUGAUCGAAUGGCAAGAGAAAUUGUGAAGACUACUAGCGGCCUUCCUUUGGCUCUUGUGGUUAUUGGGUCCUCUCUUUACCGUAGAGACAAAGAAGUAUGGGACGAUGCAUUGGAAAAGCUAGAGAAAAUGCCUCAUAAAGAAGUUCAGGACAUGCUAAUGAUAAGUUAUGACAUGUUAGAAUAUGAGCAGAGAGAAAUUUUUCUGGAUAUCGCAUGUCACAUGGCCGGUGAAGAAAGAAGUGAUGCAGUUUGUAUGUGGAAAACUUGUGAGUUCUUUCCCAACAGCGCCAUUACUGUCCUAGUUGAAAUGUCAUUGAUAAAAAUUACAAAUAAUCAUAAAAUAUGGAUGCAUGACCAGCUUAGAGACUUAGGAAGGGAGAUUAUUCGUAGGGAGAGCAUCCAAUAUCCUGGAAAGCGUAGUAGGUUGUGGUGUCCCAUCGUAGCUAACGGUGUCAUGCGAAGAAACGAGGGGACAGAAAACAUUGUAGCACUCAAACUUGGGGGAGAUUCAAAAUUGCAUAAUAUCACACGCGGAGAACUUUUAAGGCUGGUCAAGUUAAGGUUCCUUGAAUUGGAUGGAGGAAACUUUAUUGGGGACUUCGAGGAUGUCCUCUCGGAGAUAAGAUGGCUUUCUUGGCAUCAUUGUCCCUCGGAGUUUCAAGCAAUUAACUUCUCUCCAAGCAAUCUAGCCAUCCUCAAAAUUUCAAGAAGUGACAUCGCAAUUGAUUGGGGUGGUUGGAGACAAAUCAUGGGAAAAAGUAGGUUAAAAGUUCUGAAUCUUAGAUGCUGCAAAAGCUUGAUCAAGACGCCGGAUUUCUCUACAUGCCUGACUUUGGAGAGACUGAUUUUGAAGGAUUGUGAAAGCUUGGUUGAAAUCGACCCAUCCAUUGGUAUGCUGCAACAAUUGAAGCACUUGGAAAUUAAUGGGUGUAACGGUUUGAGGAUGCUUGAAAGAGCUUCGACCGAGCAAAAUCUAUGCUUCGUGCCCCAAUUUUUGCCAAACUCACUGGGUAAUCUGAAGUUCCUAUUGACGCUAAGAAUGGAAAAUAUGAAACUUCUCGAGCUUCCAGAAUCAAUAGGAGAUCUAACAGGUCUUCAAUGCUUGUCUCUGAGUCACUCUUAUGUCAUCGAUCUCCCAAGCUCAAUAGGGAAACUAAGGUCUCUAGUUGAGUUGACUUUGUCUAACACGAAAGUUACAGAAUUACCUGAUUCAAUCGGAGAACUCAAAAGACUGGAGGUACUAUUGAUGCCGGGUUGUAAGUUAAGGAAGCUUCCUAAGGUAAUAGGUAUGUUGGAGAAGCUUAAAGAGUUAGUCGCUUAUGAUUGCGAACUUUUGGAGGGAGAAGUCCCAAGCGAAAUCGGGGCACUGUCAUCUUUGAGAAACCUAGACUUGGGAGGGACUCGUAUUUGCAAAUUGCCGACAUCAAUCGGUCGGCUUCAUCAACUGGAGAGUCUGCAUCUGUUUCCUUGCCAUGAGCUUCCAAAGUUGCCAGAGCUUCCUGCAAAUUUGAACACGUUAAAGUUUAAGUCCACAACACUGCAAACAAUUCCGAAUGUCUCAAACCUGACCAAUUUAGUCGCUCUAAGUUUAUCCGAUUAUGGCCGUCCUAGAUUUGUUGCACCUUCAAAAGAAUUUGGCCCACAUCACGAACCGGAGGCUAGUCAAACACCAGAUUUGCGGUGGAUUGGGAGGCUACGCAAGUUGAGGAGGUUGAAACUAGAACUUUCGGAUGUCACCACGUUGCCUGCCGAGGUUAAUUCCCUUACUGGGCUCCAACGACUUGACAUACCUUGGUCCACCUUUCAAUCUCACACGCGUUAUCCAUCCAAUCUUCAGAGGUUGAAUCUCAUCGGUUUCGAGUCCAUGGAGGAAUGGCCGCGGGAUUACAACUUGCAGAAUUUGUCCAGCUUCGAGUUAUGCAGAUCUAGUUUAACUGACAUCACACUGAAUAGGCUUGGACAAUUUGAAAAUCUUGCCGAAUUGUAUAUAACGGACAGUCGACUUCUCGAGAGCUUGUCCAAUAUAUCUAGCUUGAAAAAGCUCCGGCGUCUGUGGAUUACAAAUUGCCCGCAGUUAGUUGAGAUUCGAGGCCUUGGCCAAUUGGAAUUGCUGGAGGAUUUGUGUAUAGAUGGUUGUGUCUCCUUGAGGAAGUUACCAGAUCUGUCGGACUUGCGCAACCUGAUGACGUUGGCUUUCUCUGGUUGCAAAUCGCUGGCGAAUUUGCCUCCCGUAGCAAAUAAAGAAGCAUGCCGUGUGAAUAUUCAUUCGUGCAGGAUGCUACGUGAUUUCGAUGGCCCUUAUCACCUUUACUAG